CCCAUCAGAAAGCAAAACUGGGGAUAUGCCACCAUGAAUGCGUUUGUUACUGACACAGAUAGGAGCAACGCAUGAAGACGAGGCUGAAGACUGCAACAAGGCUGAAACAGAGCUGCUGAUCUUCUAAAGAACCUGCUGUGAUGCAUUUGCGUAACCAACAUGGACUGUGGCUACAGCAAGGGUGGAAACAGUUCAGUUAAAAGAUGGCGGAAUCACACACUGUAUCACUGCAGAGAGCCCCUCACUCACCUCAUGGAGGAAAUGAGACCAAAGGGCGAGUUCAGUUUGUGGGGAUGGAGAGAGCAGCUGAUCCACUAGAGGCCGUGCUUCACUGACAAACGCCAGGUUUUCCCUCAUCGAGUCUCCUCCACUAUGUUGCUCUGCAGCUGCUGAUUGGCUGCAGGAAACAUGGCUGCCCGUGACGUCAUGCGACAGGAUGUUUGCUCAAAGGUUGUGUGGCAGAAGUCCAGAGUCAGGUUUAGAGCAGGGUGGAUUUGGAAAACUCUGCAACACAACUAUUUAAACUCCGACAUCGAAGUGAGAUGAAUUAAUUGUAUAAACUAUUAUGGAGGAAAACAAAGGUUUAUAAUUCAUUAAUAAUCAAUUAAGCUCUCAGGUGAGGCGAAAAAGCACACAGAGUAUCCACUUUUUCUGUUUUUUCACCCUCUCUCACUUUCUAUUUGUCUCAGCUGCUCAGAGAGAAAAAAGUUAGAAAGAGGGAAAGAAAAAAAAACUCUUUGGGAAGGCGGAUGCAAUAAUUAUGCACAAAUUUUGGAAAAUUUGCUGAAAUUACAUUUAAUUUAUUGUGGCACAAGUUUAUAUGUAACGAGCAAAAAGCCCAGAUUUCAAACAUUAGAUGUACAAUUUCUUACUUCUUAUACUUUUGGUGUGUUCAAUAUAAUAAUUAGGCUGUGGAUAUUUAGAUUUCUAUGCCUUUGGAGGUAAACGUGUGGUUCAAUUAAUGGAUAUGCAGCAGGAUAUAUAUUUUUAAUAUUUAAAUCGAGGUGAAAGUAAUAAUAUUCUGUGCUUAUAUCUCUCUCGACAUCUCUGCGGCGUGUUUACGUGGUCAAUUUCCAUCCUUUGAAGGAAAAAAGAGAGCCUAUUUUUCAUUUCUUAUAACAGCAAGUAGCGUCUUUUCACUUUUUUUAUUGCGCACACUUAUUUUUCCAGUCUGGAGCUGCUCUUUGGAUUUAUAUCAUGGCACCAAAUCAGUUCAUAAACAACAACGUGUAGCCUCGAUAACAAAAGACUCGCCAACCUCAUAGCCGCCACUUCAAAGUGUCCUCAUUAUUGUGAGGAAUUAGCCGGAACAUUUGAACUAAUUGCUGCUAAUUGGCCAUAAUAGCCGUGCGCCAGAACAGGGAAAAGGUACUGAUUUAAAUGAUUAAGAAUGUCUUUGCGAAAAUUCCGCAAUUAGGCAACGCAUAAGCAAGAUUUACCUUGGAUGCAGGGAAAGGAUGCUGUAAUUUUAAUUGCCUGUGAUUAUAUGGCCUACGCAUUUACGCACCGCCAACCUCGGCUAUCAUCCAAACUAUUUAUCUUUAGCUGUAAUAUUUAGCCUCGGACUAUAUGAUAACUCAUUAUAGAUGAUUGUAAAGCAGACAGGAAGGACAUGGAUUGUUUUGAUAUAUGUAUAUGGGGCUCUUUAAAUUGCACCUGGAAAUAGAGCAACAGAUUAUCCCGCAGGAGGAAGCAGGCAGCCGUGAAAUGUACAGCAAGAGGAGACAGUGAAAUGCAAGAAAAUGUGGAUGGUGAUCCCCGUGAAAAACUGUCACUGGUGAGGCUGCAGCAGCUUGCACCAAGGUACAACUGUAACAAUCGCACAGAAUAUAAAAACCAAGCAUGCUACGUUACAAAAAACGACAGAAAAAGGGGUUAGAAUCACACAAGAGUGAAGCAAAUUGCAAUGUGAGGCUGAGCUGCCACCAGAAGACGCUGUGCUUCUUUAAUUCCUGCAUAAGGUGACACCGGUUCAACCUGCAGGAACAGACUUCUGUGGCAUUUGCUGCUGCAAGACUGGCUGACAAGAGCUUCAGAAAAUCGAAUUUUAAGGGGUUUUUUUUUCUGCUUCGUUUGAAUAUUUUCACAGCAUCUUUUCAGCUCUGGUAUGAUCCUGACAUCCACAAAUUGUGUAAGUCAGAAGUUACUGCACUGAUUUGAAUUUUUCACUGCAUAUAUUUUAAAUAUUGUAUGUGAAUAAUUUUGCUACUGAAAUCAAUAGACAGUAAAAAAAAAUUCAUAUGCAGUCAAAACUAUUGAUUUCUGCCAAAAUAUUGAAUCAUUUAAAUACCAAAAACUAUUGCCUGCUAGAAUUUCAAUAAGUUUCAAGUAAAAUGAACAAUAUCUAUUUCAUUAUUCGGUUAUUUCACACAUUUUUUCUAUAAAACUAAUAUUUUAAAUCUUAUUUGAGGGUGAAAUGUGCACAGAAAGCCUCCUACAGCUUGGACUCAGGUAUAAGGCACCACAACAUAAUUUUUUGACUUCAAAGCUGGUUGCAAAAAAAGGCAAAAAAGAAAAAUCUUUCCUUAGGCUUCUGCGCAAAAUCUGACAAAUGAGAUAUGAUUGGGUUAAACUGUAAUGGCUUCUUGAGCAUUAAGGCAAGAUGCUACUGAGGGCUACCUGGCUUGUGCUGCACGAGAGUAGCUACUUGAACGCCGUUAACUUCACAUGAGAGCCUCUCCUACUCCAGACUCUUUUUUAUACAGGGUCUCUUUGACGAGUGUGUGCAUCUGAAUUUAGGUAACGCGCCGCUUGCGUCCAAUGAUAUCAAAAGGAGGGAAAGGAGAAAAAAAACGAAGGGGGGGUUAAUCAUUUACGCAGCCACUUAACACGCGGAUGUGUAUUUAUUUACUUAUCAGUAUCAGUCAUUUUCCCUCCCCGCAAGUGCACUUUUGCAUGUCUGAGUACGAUAAGGCAUAACACAAACAAUCCUGCAAUCACUGGAGGCCUCUCAUGGCCAUUAAAAGUCAGUAGUUCAACUGAGGAGUGGUUCUCCAACUCUCAAGUCCAUAUAGGCCUCCUUUCAUCAAGAGGCCCUCGUAAACAUCACUACAGUUAAUAAAGUGUAUUGUGGUCACUCGCAAUCCCAAGGUGCAGCCGCGUGUUUGUCAGCAACAAGUCGACCACAAGAAGAAGAAGAAGUGGUGGGGAAAAAAACGUCUCCAAACGGCUGCGGUGCGCCUCGGAACCUCCGCUGCAGCCGCCGGGAAGAACGUUUAUGAUCAUGCAGCGCUUAUGUUAUUGUUAGUGGGAGGGGAGCACAUGUCUUGUAAGUGAAAUUACGCACGGCGAAAGGAGGCUAGAGCUGUUUUGUAUUGUUGCCGAUGCCCCGCCUCUGAUGGUAGCCUUAAACCUGGCACCCAGCUAAAACAAACCAAAGCCAGCACCGAGCUCCCACUCAAUCCAAUUAGGGCGGACUUGAGGCGCUCUCCUACGUGUUCAUCUACCAGGAUCGACGUUGAGACAACAGGAACCAGAGGGGCUCUGGCCAAAAAAAAAGAGAAAAAAAAAGAGAAAAAAAGAGAGAGGAGAGAGAAGGAGAGAUUGCCUUGCCUUCUAAUUUCUCCCUCUCGAGCCCCAGAACAAUGUCGAUGAGCCCUAAGCAUACGACUCCUUUUUCUGUUUCCGAUAUCUUGAGUCCCCUUGAGGAGAGCUAUAAGAAAGUAAGUAUGGAGAAUAACAACUUGGGGGCACCUCUCACUUCUUACCGGCAGCCGCAGGUCUCUCAGGCGGCGAUGCAGCAGCACCACAUGGGCCAUAAUGGGACUGUGUCUGCGGCUUACCACAUGACUGCGGCAGGUGUUUCUCAGCUGUCACACACGGCCAUGGGGGGCUACUGUAACGGCAACCUGGGCAACAUGGGCGACCUGCCGUCCUACCAGGACGGCAUGAGGGGAAGCGCCACGGCCACCGGCUGGUACGGAGCCAACCCAGACCCGCGUUUCUCCACCAUCUCUCGCUUCAUGGGUUCGUCGUCGGGCAUGAACAUGGGCAGCAUGGGCAGCCUCAGCUCCCUGGCAGACGUUGGCAAAGGCAUGGGCUCCCUGUCCAGCACCCCGAGGAGAAAGAGGCGAGUGCUGUUUUCGCAGGCUCAAGUCUACGAGCUGGAGCGACGCUUCAAGCAGCAGAAAUACCUGUCGGCGCCGGAGAGGGAGCACCUGGCAAGUAUGAUCCACCUCACCCCGACCCAGGUGAAAAUCUGGUUCCAGAAUCACCGGUAUAAGAUGAAGAGGCAGGCUAAAGACAAGGUCUCCCAACAGCAGAUGCAGCAGGAGAGCGGCUCCUGCCAGCAGCAGCAGCAGCAGUCCCCGCGGAGGGUGGCGGUGCCGGUGCUGGUCAAGGACGGGAAGCCGUGCCAAGGCAGCGGCCACACGCCAACGUCCUCCGCGCAGACGCACCACCAGCAAGGGGGCAAUGCCAUGAUCAUGUCCAGCAACCCGUCCGGCCUCGGGCAGCACCAGAGCCAGCAGGUGGGAAGCACAGGUCACUCUCCAGACUUGGCGCCGCACUCCUCCAGUCCGCCGUCGCUGCAGAGCCAAGUGGCCAGCCUCUCCCAACUCAACUCCCCCGGCGCAGAGUACGGCUCGGCCCUACAGUGUUCGGCCCUGUUAUACGGCAGGACGUGGUGACAAGAGGCGCCAGCUGUGCUUUAAAUCUAUUUAAAGAAACAAAGAAAGACAUCUUGUUUUUUUUCCCUCUGUCAAGACUCGGCAAGUUUUUCUCUGUAAAUGUGCGCAUUCGAACAACAACCGAGAGAAAAUCGGUGCAGCUCUUCUUGAAAAUUUUCGCCCUUUUCAAAGGACUUAUGUGGGAGAAAACACACACACACACACACACGUCCAGAAACUGCGUCUUUCUUGGGAUUUAUUUAUGUAAAUUAUAUUGAGACAAAAAAGAGGAAUCAGCAGUCAAAUAGGCCGCAUAGUUGGGAACAAACUGAACCUGAACAGGGACGCGUAAAUGGCUGCUGGUAUUAUGGGUGCUGUUAAAUUUUACCCCCCAUCCACGAAAACACACAUGACUCUGAUUUAUAAUAGAAAUUUAAUGUAAGCCGUAGAUCUAGCUUGUAUAUUUCUGUAAACGGUUUGAAUUUUAGCUAUCUGUUGUACAAAGUUUUUGACGCUUUUGCCGGUUUGUUGUCGUUUCAUUGGUAUUUGUACGUUUUAUUUCUUUGUAACUUAUAUAGAUAUUUGACUUACUACAAAAACAGUCCUAUUAAUAAAUUAUGGAAACAAGACA